GGCAGGUGACCGCGUCUCCAGUCCCGGGCGCAUCCCAGGGCACGUUGUCAGCACCGCAGAGCCCGGCCCGGGCCUCUGCAGCCAUCUUCCGCUAGGGAGGCGCGGCCUCCGGACGCGGACCCGCCCCCGCCCGCUCGCCCGCCCCGCCUGGCUCCUUAGAGCGCCGCGCUUGGGUUCCUGCUUCCCUUCCCUACCCGGCCCGGCUGCGUCGCGCUCCUCGCCCGGCCGCAGAGCUCCAGCCGCGGCCGCCCCGCCGCUCGGCCCCGCCGCGCUCGCAGAGGCCGCCAUGGGCACUGAGCGCUGGCUCGCGCUGGGCAGCCUCCUCGCCCUGGCCGGGCUGCUGGAAGGCCGGCUGGUGGGCGAGGAGGAAGCCGGCUUUGGCGAAUGUGACAAGUUCUUCUACGCCGGGACCCCGCCUGCGGGUCUGGCAACAGAUUCCCACGUGAAGAUCUGUCAGCGCGCGGAGGGCGCUGAGCGCUUCGCCACCCUCUACAGCACCCGGGACCGCAUCCCAGUGUACUCCGCGUUCCGCCACCCGCGCCCGGCGCCUGGCGGCGCAGAGCAGCGUUGGCUGGUGGAGCCGCAGAUCGAUGACCCCCACAGCAACCUUGAGGAGGUGAUUAAUGAGGCAGAGGCCAUCACUUCUGUGAACAGUCUGGGAAGCAAGCAAGCCUUGAAUACAGAUUACCUUGAUUCUGAUUACCGAAAAGGACAGCUGUACCCAUUCUCCCUUAGCAGUGAUCUCCAGAUAGCCACAUUUACUCUUACAAAUUCAGCCCCGAUGACUCAGUCCUUCCAGGAACGGUGGUACAUGAAUCUUAACAGCCUAAUGGACCGGGCUCUGACCCCACAGUGUGGCAGUGGGGAAGACCUAUAUAUCCUCACUGGCACAGUGCCCUCAGACUUAAAAGUUAAAGACAAAGUAGCAGUCCCUGAGUUUGUUUGGCUGGCGGCCUGCUGUGCUGUCCCUGGAGGAGGCUGGGCCAUGGGCUUUGUCAAGCACACCCGGGACAGUGACAUCAUAGAAGAUGUGAUGGUAAAAGAUCUUCAAAAACUGCUUCCAUUUAACCCUCAGCUGUUUCAGAACAACUGUGGUGAAACUGAGCAAGACACAGAGAAAAUGAAAAAAAUCCUGGAAGUGGUUAACCAAGUCCAGGAUGAAGAGCGAAUGGCACAAUCUCAAGAGAGUUCUAGUCCCCUCUCCAGCACCAGGAGCAAGAGGUCUGCUCUGUUGCCUCCAGAGGCAUCUGAGGGAAGUAGUAGCUUUUUGGGAAAACUCAUGGGCUUCAUUGCUACCCCAUUCAUCAAGCUUUUUCAAUUAAUUUAUUACCUUGUCGUAGCAAUCCUGAAGAACAUUGUAUAUCUCCUGUGGUGUGUUACCAAGCAGGUGAUAAAUGGCAUAGAAAGUUGCCUUUACCGCCUGGGCUCAGCCACCAUCUCAUACUUCAUAGCCAUUGGGGAAGAGUUGGUGAGCAUUCCCUGGAAGGUGCUCAAGGUCAUGGUCAGAGUCAUCAGGGCCAUUCUCCGGAUCCUUUGUUGUCUGCUGAAGGCCAUUUGCCGAGUUCUGAGCAUCCCUGUUCGUGUCCUUGUGGAUGUGGCCACUUUCCCUAUGUAUACCAUGGGCGCUAUUCCCAUCGUGUGCAAGGACAUCGCAGUGGGCCUUGGUGGCACUGCCUCACUGCUCUUUGACACUGCUUUUGGCACCCUGGGUGGCCUAUUUCAGGUUGUUUUUAGUGUCUUCAAGCGGAUUGGCUACCAGGUUACUUUUGAAAAUUCUGGGGAGUUAUAAACUCAAAAAACUAAUAGUAUCCAGUCACAUUGAAUUUGAAAGCUGGAAUAUUUUGUCUUUACAAUGGGUUUCUGUUCGCUCUCAGAUAUCAUUCUAUUUUGGCCUUUGGUGAGGAUGUCUGCUUGUUUUUGCAAAGGAAGAUGGCAGAAUUUAGACUUGACAGAGGAGAAAUGCUCAGGGUGAGAUUAGGUGUAGUAAUCUGCUGUUUACCUCCAGUUAUAUGUGCAAACUUCCAAGCCACUAAUAAUUUCAGUUGUGCACUCUGACACAGAUGAUCCCCUAAAAUGCACUGAUAUUUAUUUAUGAUAGUUAAAAAUUACAGGGGAGGGAAGUAUUAGAAAGAGAACAACUUUAAACCAAAGGGUUUCUGAGAAAAGGGGAAAGGGAGCUUGUUGCUCUUUGUAAUUUAAGACAAACAGAUUUUUAAAAAGUCUGCAGCCAAUUUCUUGGCAUUUGCUUCUCUUUCUCCCCAACUCAGCUGACCUUGGUGGGAUGCAGAUCAUGCCCCUCUGUUGAAAUAACAUUGUGGGGAUGUCAAGUUUUCUAUAUCUCUUAGCUUUCAGUGGUUCUCAAAGACAGUAUGGUUUCCAUUUUCCUCCAAAGUUGAAGUUUGCUUCAAUUUUUUUAAAUGAUAAGCAUUUAAAAAUUAUUUUAGAUUAUCAUAAGCAUUUUAUGCCAAAUGUGGCAUAACAGAGUUUGAAUUGAAGGGCAAAGAUUUUCUUUCUUUCUUUCUUUUUUUUUGUGAGCCCCUUAAGUGGUAUAAUCAGUCCCCUCAGGUGAAAAGAGGAGAAGGUGGACAGCCCUGCUCUUAGUAGGUGCUGCAGAUCCAAGGACAUCUUUAGCCCAGCCUGGAUUAACUUGACAUAUCUCCCUGCCUGACACGGUUGAAAUGAAGAUCUAUAUGUUAAACUAACAUGAAAAUUCAUAUUCUGCAACAUACUAGAUUUUUCUAAUGCACUGAGUAAGUACCUAGUACAGUAAAAACACUCUGACUUAUGUCCCUAAAUGAUUGUUUUGGUGCAACUAUAGAGUAAAGAGCCACAAAAUAAAGAUAAAAAUUAUUCUGGCCCUCUGUGAAAAAAAUAUAUAUAAAAUAUUUAAGAAUAAUUAACUCUUAGGUAAUUAGGAAAGAAAUAUUAGGAAAUUAUUCUUAUAGUGUGUUUGAGGCUACAAACCUAACUCCCCCAUUAAUACAAGUUAAACAUGAGAGCUCAUUCUCAAUUUUUUUGAUCAAGCACUUGUCAUUUUAAAUCUUCCACUAAAAAUGGUAACAAGAGGGACCAAACUUUGUUUCCCACAAUUGGGAUGGAAUCAUCUGGAUUUUUCUGAAUGUUUUAAAGAAUUGCUGAGAGAUAGGUAACAGCCAAGUAUGAAAUACGGAUCUUGGGGCUACAGCCCAGGAUCAAUCAGAAAGUUAGAUGCAGAAAUUCAGGUUCCUAAAAAGGAGAGAACGGUACAUCCAUCAUUUGCAUGGGGGCGGUGGAUGAGAAAUACAAGUGUAGCAAGAGUUACAUUUUGCAGAAAAAUAGCAGUGUCACACCCAGAGUAGAACAGCAGCCAGCAAGCUGUCAUCCUGAUCAGUCUGUGAUGCAAGCAAGCUUAGGGAGCAUGAGUACCACAUGGGACCGUGCUAGGAAGAUAUGCACCAGGUUUAUCUAAGAAACUUAGAGCAGCAUUUCAUCAACACUUGCCUUAGGUAACAUAAAGUUUCAAUGUCCCUUUAUUUCAGCAGUGUGAAGGUAAAUGGAAAGGUGAGGGUUUGACUUGGUACUUACUGGUCAAGAAUCCUGCUGGAUAAAGAAAAGGAAUUUUAGAAGUGACCAGAGGGACAGUCCAUCCAAACUAUUAUUUGAUAAGGAACUCGAGGCCCAGCGAGGCAACAGGCUAGCCCUCAGUUUUGUGGCGAGCUGUAUUAGGAACCAGUGUUGUUUGCACAUGUCCCAUCACACAUGGGAUGUCAGACAUGGGUAGUUUGUGCUAUUAUUCAGCUGCCUCCCUGGACCAUGGCAAGAUUUCCUCAUCUAUCAAACAGACUCCAGGCCCUGACUAAUCAGCUGAAUUUGGCAUGUGUGAUGAAAACAAUUAGCCAUCCAUGUACAGCAUUAUGCUUACUGCAUCCCAUGGAACCUUAUUUCCCUCCUAGCACACAUUUGCAUACUGAAAGGCCUGAAAAGGGCAUCCAUGGCAGCUUGAGCCCCUUAGCACCUGUGCAAGGACCACAGCAUCCAAACAGCUUCUUGAGAACCAUUUGGGAAUGUCUUCUUUUUCACAUCCAGUUGUUUAGUGUCUGUUUAUUCUUGUGUGGCCUGUUUUGAAAUCUAAAAAGGGACAAUAAAGCAAAAAGUAUCAGUAAGGUUAGGUGGCUGAGACCACUGCCCUGAGCUACUGGUGUGGCUGUGCCUCUGUGUCUCUAGAACUAUGUGCAUUGGAUCUAAAGCCGCAGAAGGUGACUGGACUGCUGGCCUUUUCCUGAUGAGCUACACUGGGCUUUGAGAUAGGAGUUGAGGUGGAUGAACCCCAACUCAGCUUAAAGAUCUUGCUGUGGCUCUGUUAUGUUCUGAGGUCUUGGGGAGGUCAGCUGCCUCUUCCUCAUUAUGGAGCUGAUGUUUUAGUCUGUGGAUGAGCUAUGCCUUUGGACACUCCUCUUUUCCAUUGUGCCUUUUGGAUGUUGGCUUCUCACUCAGCAUCAGCACUUCCACCUAAAUGCAGGCUAGGUAGUUGGGAGAAGGAACCAAAGUGAAGCCCUUCAUUUAUUCAACCAUUCGUUCAUCUGUCGAACGCAUACUUGGACAUCGAAGUUGCAGAGAUGAACAAUGCAUGGAUUCCAUCUCUGAGGAGUUCAAAAUCUAGUGGAGGGAACACAUGGUACAAUCGUACUUGUAACACAUCAAGGACAAGUAAGUGCUACAAGAAAGGUACUAAUAACAUGCUCCUUUGGAACAGAGGAAGAAAAACUACGAAACCACAGGAAAUUAGGGAAGCCUUUACAGAGGGUGUGACAAACUCAAUUUGGACAUUUUCAAGCUAUGUACAAUGCUGUGCACUUUGCAGAUGCUCAAUAAAGUAAUUAUUGACAACU